AGCCCGCCAAGCUCGCAGGGAAUCUUCCUGGUGGCCGUGCUUAUACGAGGGAGGGGUUUGCUGUCACCGCAUGGCGGAGGCCUGCUGAGCCCAAACUGUCACCCAGGACUGCGGCCCCCUCCCCCUACCGGCGGGAAACAACGCAGGCACGGAACAUGGCCCCCACCCCCGUCCGCUCGUUCCGAUCUCUGCGCAUGCGUUGUAGAGUGCACCGAGGCCGUAUCCCUCCGCCAAGCCCCCUUUUGUCAGGGAUAUUUGUGUAAUAAGAUAAUCCCCGCACCCCAAUGAUGUCCCUGGUAGAUUUGGGAAAGAAGCUUUUAGAAGCUGCACGGGCAGGUCAAGAUGAUGAAGUUCGCAUUUUGAUGGCAAAUGGAGCACCUUUUACCACAGAUUGGCUGGGAACAUCACCACUUCAUCUAGCAGCACAAUAUGGGCACUAUUCAACUACAGAAGUGUUACUUCGAGCUGGUGUAAGUCGGGAUGCCAGAACCAAAGUGGACAGAACUCCAUUACAUAUGGCAGCAUCAGAAGGCCAUGCAAACAUAGUAGAAGUCUUACUUAAGCAUGGUGCUGAUGUUAAUGCAAAGGACAUGCUAAAGAUGACAGCUCUUCACUGGGCUACAGAACACAAUCACCAGGAGGUGGUGGAGCUCUUAAUAAAAUAUGGAGCAGAUGUCCACACGCAGAGUAAAUUUUGCAAAACUGCAUUAGAUAUUGCAAUAGACAAUGGGAAUGAAGAUGUAGCGGAAAUAUUACAGAUUGCAAUGCAGAAUCAAAUCAAUACAAAUCCAGAGAGUCCUGACACUGUGACAAUACAUGCAGCCACACCACAGUUUAUCAUUGGACCUGGAGGCGUGGUGAACCUAACAGAUGAGUCGGGAGUAUCUGCUGUACAAUUUGGAAAUUCAUCAACAUCUGUAUUAGCUACAUUAGCAGCUUUAGCAGAAGCGUCUGCUCCACUGUCCAACUCUUCAGAAACACCAGUUGUGGCCACAGAAGAAGUAGUGACAGCAGAAUCUGUGGAUGGUGCAAUUCAGCAAGUUGUCAGUUCUGGAGGUCAGCAAGUUAUUACUAUAGUUACAGAUGGCAUUCAGCUUGGUAACCUCCAUUCAAUUCCAACCAGUGGAAUAGGUCAACCAAUCAUUGUGACCAUGCCAGAUGGACAGCAAGUAUUAACAGUACCAGCAACAGACAUUGCUGAAGAAACUGUGAUCAGUGAAGAACCACCAAUCAAGAGGCAGUGCAUUGAGAUUGUUGAAAAUCGCAUGGAGUCUGCAGAAAUAGAAGAGAGAGAAACUCUACAAAAACAGCUGGAUGAAGCAAAUAGAGAAGCACAAAAGUAUCGCCAGCAACUUCUAAAGAAAGAGCAAGAAGCAGAGGCUUAUCGACAGAAAUUAGAGGCGAUGACCCGUCUCCAGACUAAUAAAGAAGCUGUUUAAAUAUUGAAAUGGACAUAUUGCAAAGUCUGUUACUUUCAGUCAAGAAAACUGCAGUACAAUCUUGAACUGUACACUGUAUAGGUACAGAAAUGGGAUUACACAAUAGCAAAGAUGCUACAGGUUGAUAACUGGACUUAAGCCAUGAGCUAUGAUGAAUUUCUUGUAACAUAAAAGCUGAAUUCAGAAAUUGUGAAAAGUAUUUAAAAUGAAAUACUGUAAAUAGUUGUUUUUUUUACAGUUCCAAAGUGAGUUGAUAAAUCUUUUUGAAGGGAUCCAGAAACACAAGAAGCCAGCAUUUUUGUGAUAUUUUGGAUUUUAGUAUAAAUCUAAUUUCUGAAAAACAGAACAGUUUUAAGGGUGAUGUUGCUGAUUAAGAUUUAAAGUUUAAAAAUGAAUUAUGAGACAAAGUGAAUUAACAGCUAUUCCCACAAAGAACAAUUUAGAUAUCUUUUUGAAUAUAACAUUUCCUGAUGGAAAUCUUUGUACAACUUUAAGUAGUUGUCUUAGAUUUUCUGAAAACUCUUGUUUUAGAAAGUGAAAAUUUUAUAUUUAAUUUCAGAUAUAUCCAAUUAGAUUUACAUGUAUAUGAAGUUAAUAUUUUUUAAACUUUUUCAGUUUGUACAUAUGCUGCAUGUUUUUAUAAUUUCUACACUUAUUUUGCAAAGAUAUUUUUCAGCAAAGAUGAGGGAAAAUUAUGAGAGAAAAUGUUUAACCUAAAUGUCAUUUGAAUUAACUUAGCAGCCAGUUUUAUUGUGAAUGGUAUAUUUCUUGGAGGAAUGUAAUUUGUAAAAAUAAAAAAAAGACAUUAUUUGAAAAUGUUGAGAGUGGGAGCAUUGAAACUUCACUUUUCUGUGUGUCUUAACUUCCAUGUGCAAACAUUUUAAAGUACAAAAAUAUGAAAACUAUCUCCACAGAAGCCCACAUACCAAUUAUUUUAAAAUAUUCUUAAAACUGUUUCCCCAAUAAUUUUCAGAUUAUCUCAAGAGCACAUUUUAUAAACAAGCUUUUGUAUUUAAAUUAUGCCGUUGGACCUGAAAGUUUGAUGUUGUUUGGGGGCUUUUGUUGCCUGGCAUCCUUGUGCUUCACUGUGAUAAAGUGUCUGUUUGUGCAGUGAUUUGUACUUAGCAUUUAUAUAGUGCUUUACAUCUUUAAAGAGUUGUAUAAUCAGUAAAUAAUUAAUCCUUUCUGUGCCCCCUAUGGUAGGAACAUUAUUAUCUCCAUUUUAGUGUAAGUGAGACACAGAGAAGUUAAGUGAAUUGCCCAAGGCCACAUAAGUCAGUGGCAGACCUGGGAAUAGAACUCAGGAGUUCCUGGCUCCUAGUCCCUUCCUUAGGUCAUGCUGCCUUACGACUUUUUGAUGCCACGUUACAUUAAACUUUCAACUGUGGUGUAGAUUCCUUUUUUGUAAAACAUAAAUUGUCUUUUAAUCGUGCUUUGCUUUGUCUUUCCAUGUUUCACUGCUUUUAUGAUAUUGUUUAUAUAAAUGUAAACAAAGUCUAGUUUACCUAUACUGUAUUCAAAGGCAUUGCCCUUAAAACUGUACUCUGGCCUACUUUUUCUAUUUUACAAUUAAAUAUCUUUUCCACAUA